UGUGAAGCUGCAGAAGCAGGAAAAUGGAACAAGUGUUAAGUGAUCACCCGGUCAGGUAAUCGCCAACCAGGUCAAGUCUGCUCUGGGGUCGGUGAUUCACCCUGACCAAACCUGUGCUGUGCCGGGCAGGAAGUUUCGCUGACAGUCUCGCACUCCUCAGGGAUACGAUCGCCUACGUGCAGGACAGAGGGUUGGAUGCCUGCCUGAUCAGCCUGGACAGGAGAAAGCCUUUGACAGGAUAUCACACAGUUUGUGAACAGCAGAUAUUUUCCAAUCACUGUUUUAUUCCCAGUCCCUGAUUGGAAUAGGGAGAGUGGAUUCCCAGAAUGCUGCUGAUUCUUCUCUCCAUCUCCCUGUGUUUUUCCCGGGUCUCUCCCGAAACUAACUCACCAACUUUGAAAUAUACAAUUGUCUCAGGAGCACAAGAUUUCCCUGAAGUCAUUGUUGUUGCGAUGGUCAAUGGAAUACAGACAGGUUACUUUGACAGUGAUACCCAUCGCUGUGUCCCCAGGCAGCAGUUCCUGACUGAAUCACUCGGUGUGAAAUUCUGGGACGAUGCUACAGAUCAGGCAAUCACACACACCGGGCUGGCAAAGGAGAAUCUGAAAUCGAUCAUGAAAAGGACAAACCAGACUUCAGUUCAGCCUGAAGUGUUCAUCUCCAGGAGGGAGCCCAAUGGUCAGGACAAGCCGCUCACUCUCUCCUGCCUGGUCACUGGGUUUUAUCCUGUAGACAUCGAGGUGACCUGGCUAAGGAAUGGAGAGGUCAUGUCUGAGACCCAAUCCUCGGGGGUUCGACCGAACCACGAUGGGACCCAUCAGAUCCAGAAAGAGAUUGAGAUCAAUGCUGGGGAUGAGGAUCAAUACUCCUGUCAAAUUGAACACAGCAGCCUGGCAGAGGGCAAGCUCUAUCAGUGGGAAAUCCCAGAAAACAGUAUGGUACGUUCCCAUCUUAUACCUUUGAUUGGAUUAAUCGCUGCAAUGGCUGCAAUAUUUGGAAUAAUCACCUGGAAAAGGCCCUGGAGAGGUUCACCAAGUGGGACCUACACAACAGCUCCCAGUUGAACAGUGGAUCCCAGAUCCGCACGUGGAUCCUGAUUCUGCAAGUGGGACCCUCUCAAGUCGUGUUUCCAUCCCGUCUCAGAAAUGUGAGCAGUGUCACCGUCAGAGGGAUCUUCACGGAUGGUUCCUCCCUCACACUUUCUCAUCCUCACUGUCUUCAGUGUCUUGACCUGAAAUGUAGCAAUGUCCUGAACUCCCUCUGAGCGAGGUUUUGUACUGUAGGACGUGAAUCAUUUCUGCACUUUAUGCAACAACAUUUUAACUUUUAUGUGAAAGUCUUUAUGAAUUUUGUUACGGUCUUAUUGUUAGAUUGAUAUCUCUCUCUCAUUAUUUAACUUCUACUCUUCUAUUUUUAUUCUCAUCUGUUUUAAGCUGAACUGAUCUGUUUUGCACUUUACGUAAACAGCGUGAUCAAAUGUGAACUUUUAUGUAAACUUCCUUUAUUUUAUUUGUUCACAAUCAUGUAUUUAUUGCAGCAAAC